AUGCCGAUGCCUGAUCUGUCGGCCAGUUUCUCGGAUAAAGCAAAGGGCAGGUCGACUCAGAAGAAACCUAUACGCUCAGGAUCUUGGUCGGCAUGGCUCUCCGGAUCAGUGUUUCGUAAUACCGGUACACAGGAGGAACCUAUCUCGAAUGCUGAUGGUGCAAAUAAUGAUGCCACUGCUACAGCGAGUCCCAAUGUUGAGAUGGCCAUGAACAAGAAUGAGAAUCACAGUAUCGAAUACAAGAAAUUUUCUGCUGGCGAAGAAUCUGCUGAAGAAGCGGGAACUGGCACCGAAAGUGACGCCCAAAGCGAUGCAGGAACCGUCAGGAGACCCCGGAUCCCCAGCGGCAAUACACCCCCUAAGUUCAUUCUACCUCCCGGAACUCAGGGUGACCACAGGCCACGGCCUUCAUCUCAUAAUGAUGCCCACCCCUCGCACCGGGACGACAUGUUGGAAAGGCAUAGGCCUCACCAACCAGACCGUCAGCGGCCAUCAGCUGGUUCCCUACCUUUAGGUCCAAGAAGAACUUCACAGACUGUAAGUCGGGACGAUUUUCUUACAGCUCGCGGUGCAAAUCCACGAACUGGAGUUAUUAGUCCGCAUUUAACAGAUUACAGCCAUUCGGAUGAUGUCGACCCACAGAUCGAAAACUCCGGGGGGGCUAUGAACAAUCAGAAAUGGCGUCUCAAGGGAGAUCAGUGGAUUAGCCUUGAUGCUUCAGAACGGACCCCGGUGCCUACGCCGUCCUCCGACGCAGAUAUGAAUAGUUCUCUGUUAAUUAGCUCUCGAGAUCAGGCAGAAGCUCAUGUGGCCUUCCUAUCAGAUGCUGGUGUACCGCUAAAAAAUCUUGAGGAUCGAUUUGUUGUCAACAUGCCAUCCGCUAGGGAGCCAAACCCACCAUCUAUGACUCCUCGGCAAAUAGCCGACUUUCAGCAAGCCUGCAAUCGGUUCUAUCGCUAUGAUAAUAAUAUGAUCCAUCCCUCAAGAGUACCAAGUCCUCGGCCUAGGACUCCUGAGGGCCCCAGUACUCCCCCGAGGAGGCUUUCUAAGAUUCGCGAAGCUCUUCUGCACAACACGGACCCUUUAGUUAGAGGCCGGCGGAAAGAGAGGCCUCCAGGCAACCCUCACAGCCCAUCUCCUCACGGCUCAUCACGGGAAUGGAGGCAUAACUCCGCUCCUUCAGCUAGCCGACCACAGCACGGGUGGAGAGAGCAGACAAACAAGUAUUUUUUAGGUGGUCCCGGCUAUGGAAGAGACGAAAGGAUACCACUCCCUCGAAAGAGGGGACAAAGGUACCCUCCAGGGCCGGAUCGGAAUGCACCAACUGGUCACUCCAGCCACAGGGCCCCUCAGCAGACACCUUAUUGGGGUCACCGUGGUCCGAGCAUGCCAACAUACCCUCAACAGCUCCAUCCCAGUUUUCGGAGUCCCGGUUCAGUAGGGAGACAAAAUUUCAACCAUUUCCAGGACAGGAGCUUCUCCAGGGACCUGUAUUUGGAACCUCAAACCCAUUCCAGACAAACUCUCCAGGUCGGAGGUUCAGAAGGAGACGAGCUGCUUGCAACCAUUACCACUACCACUACCACAUCCACAGUCACCCCCGUUCGACUCAGUGCAAGCGAUGUGGAAAACUUCUUUACUCCAACCGAAAUAUCAACGCAGAAGAGCUCCUCCGAACAAUCUCACGGUGCUUCCAGAGAGAGUAUCGCCACUACUACUACAAAAACAGGAAGUGUAGUAAAUGCAGAAAAGGCCGAAAAUACAGGAAGCACAAAGCAGACUACGGCAAUUCACGUCAUCAAACUUGGGCAACCCGGCCAGGGGGUGGAUGGGCUCAUCCGUGCCUCAGGGAUCCAAGUGAGCGAAACGGAACGCGCAGAUAAUGAGAACAACAUGAACAGAAGCCCGAUCAUGCCUCGUACCAAAUGGGCAAACUACUCUUUGUUACCAAUGGCAAUAUUCUACCUCACCCUCAUAGCCAUGACGUAUAGGGAAUGUCGCGAGUACUGGACGACAGGAAUUCCUGGGCUUAAGCUGCCACAAGGUUUGAGGUCCAAGAAAAUUGUAAUCGGUGUUUUAUUUGUGGCUGUGGCAGUAUCAAUUACAUUCAGAGGUUAG